AGUGAUGCCACAAUAAUGAAAAGACAAGAAUCCCAAGUAAAAGUGAGUGACAUGAGAAUGACAAAAGAACUGGAAGCCCAAGAAGAGAAAAGUGAGGCUGAAAUACCACAAGGGCAGGAACCCCAAGCAGAGAAGAGUGAGACUGAAAUACCACAAGGGCAGGAAGCCCAAGCAGAGAAGAGUGAGGCUGAAAUACCACAAGGGCAGGAACCCCAAGCAGAGAAGAGUGAGGCUGAAAUACCACAAGGGCAGGAAGCCCAAGUAGAGAAGAGUGAGGCUGAAAUACCACAAGGGCAGGAACCCCAAGCAGAGAAGAGUGAGACUGAAAUACCACAAGGGCAGGAAGCCCAAGUAGAGAAGAGUGAGGCUGAAAUACCACAAGGGCAGGAAGCCCAAGUAGAGAAGAGUGAGACUGGAAUACCAAAAGGACAGGGAUCCAAAGUAAAGAAGAGUGAGACUGGAAUACCAAAAGGAC